CAACUUGGGUCGUGGUUAAACAAAUAGCUUUGUCCACCACUGGAAGGGAACUAAAAAGAAUGAUUCAAUGAUAUAAUCUGUUGCUUACUUGCUUUGUUCAACCAUAACAAUAUGACACAUUAUCACAUCUCUCCAUUUUGAAUAAUUCUGAAAUCAUCCAUUAUUUACAUAAUUAAUAAUAUAAACCCUAACUGUAUAAUAAGAGGCAGCAACAGCACUACUACCCCCAAGGCCCCAACUAACUAAAAAAAAAAAACAGAAAAAAAGAAUCUAAAAAAAUUAAAAAAAAUUGAUAAAUCAUAUGAAAAGAAAGUUGGUUAUUACUCAACCGCGUCUUCCUAAAACCGCGUCUUCUCCAACUAUAAAACAACUCCAUCACUACCUUCCCAAAAAAACCUUUUAAUCUCCCCUUUUUCUCUCUCCUCUCCUCAACUUUCUCUCUCCUCUCAACCCUCACUUUCUCUCUCCUCUCGUCUCAUCAAUGUCGAAAAACUCUACUUCAAAUUCAAAUCCUCAGAGAAAAUCUCAAACAGAAAUCGAGAUAAUCUUCCAGAAAUUCGACAAAAACGGCGACGGAAAGAUCUCGGCGUCGGAACUUAAAUCUCUUUUACAAGCCCUAGGAUCGGAAACACCGCCAGAAGAAGUGAAGAAGAUGAUGGAUGAGAUGGACAAAGACGGCGACGGUUUCGUCGAUCUAACUGAAUUCUCCGAGUUUCACGCCGGAUCUGGCGGCAAUGCCGGCUCCACUAAGGAACUUCAAGAAGCUUUCAGUUUAUACGAUAAAGAUGGCAACGGUAAGAUUUCAGCGCGUGAGUUAUACGAUGUUUUGAAGAGUUUAGGUGAGAAAUGUUCAUUGAAAGAUUGUAAGAAGAUGAUUCAGUCUGUUGAUGCUGAUGGUGAUGGUCAUGUCGAUUUCGAGGAGUUUAAGAAGAUGAUGGCCGCUUGAUUCAUUGAUUGAAUUGAUCGAUGAAAUCGUUCGUUAUUCUAGAGAGAGAAAGAAGAAGAUUAAUUGUGUAUAGGUGAUGAUUUUUAAUUUUAAUUUUAAUUACUACUUUUUUUUAAGUGUAAUUUUUUGAUUGUUAAUUAGUGGUUAAAUAUACUACUGCUAGUUAAUGGUUUCUUAAUUAACGUUUUUUAGGGAUUUAAGAAGGGAAAAGUAUUCUUGUGAAUACACUUUGCUUGCUAACUGGUUUUAGUUUAAUUUCUCAUUUUAAUUCGUAAUACUCUUUUGUUUAUUUUAUUCUAAUUGUGGAGUUAUUCUAUUUAGAUUCAGUUAGGUUUUCUUUAAUCAAUUGAUCAAUUUCUAAA